AUGGCUUGUUCCUUAGAGAUCAACCUCUCAAAAGUAUUGCCACAAUGCACAUUCAGACAGUUAAAGCAAAUACACGCCCUCAUUGCCACAACCUUUCUCAACCAAAACAUCCAAAUUUUCUCAAAAUUUCUUCGGCGGAGCACCGAGUUUGGAACUAUGGAGUAUCCCAAUCUCAUAUUUUCCCAAUUGGGUCCUGAACUCAGUAACGACAUUAUGAUUCAGAAUGCCAUGAUUAGAGGGUAUGAUACAAAUGGUCCCUUCGAGAAAUGCGUCUCAUUGUAUGAUGAAAUGCCUCUCAGAGGACUCAAACCCCAUAAUUUCACCUACCCAUACGUCUUAAACUCGUGCACUAAAAUGGGUUGGUACAGAAAAGGGAAACAAGUGCAUUGCCAUAUAGUAAAGCAUGGGUUCGAGUCAUAUCUAGCAGUUGCUAAUGCGCUUUUCAAUAUGUAUGUUAAAAAGUUGGAUUCUUGUGACCCGGCUGUUGUCGAUCAUGGGACUUCGAAUGAUGCCCGCAGGGUUUUUGAUGAUAUGUGUGUGAAACCUGUAGAAGUAUGGAACCGCAUGAUUUCACGUUAUGUCAGCGUUUGUGAUGUUCAGAGUGCACGAAAGCUGUUUGAUGUAAUGCCUGAAAGGGACGUUGUUUCAUGGAAUUCUAUGGUUUCUGGUUAUGCUGAAGUAAGGGAUGUAGGUAAUGCGAGAGAUUUGUUUGAGCGGAUGCCAGAGAAGGAUGUUGUCUCUUGGACGUUGAUGAUCGGAGUGUAUGCCAAUGCAGGUGACCUUAUAACAGCAAGAAAGUUUUUUGAGACAAUGCCAUGCAAGAAUGUGGUUUCUUGGAACUCUAUGAUAUCAAGUUACACCCAACAUGUACAGUAUGAAGAAGCAUUGGAUCUUUUUGUCCAAAUGCAAUCGAAAGAUGUAGUUCCAGAUGCACAAACAUUCGUUUCUGUUCUGUCGGCUUGUUCCCACUUGGGUGCUCUAGAGUUUGGAAAGUGGACACACUACUUGAUAGAAGAUUGGUCUCAUUUUGGAACCAUUUUAGGAACUGCCCUUAUAGAUAUGUAUGCAAAGUGCGGGGACAUAAAUAGAGCUUUUACGCUUUUUGUCAAGAUGGGAAAGAGGGAUGUAUUUUGCUGGAAUGUUAUGAUUAGAUCAGUAGCUAUUCAUGGAAGGACAGAAGAUGCCAUGAAGGUAUACUUAUUGAUGCAAAAGGAAGGAUUGAAGCCGAAUGACUUCACAUUCACCGCUGCUCUGUUUGCUUGCAGCCAUGGAGGCUUGUUAGAAGAAGGUGAAAGAAUCUUCUAUGCUAUGGAGAGAGAAUUUGGUGUUGUACCAAAGCUCGAACAUUUUGGCUGCCUCAUUGAUUUACUGAGCCGAAAUGGUCAGCUGGAGGAAGCACUACGUAUAGUAAAGGAAAUGCCAUAUAAGGCUGACAUUGCUAUUUGGGGAGCCUUGCUUGGGGGUUGCAGACUAAGAAGUCACUUUAAGUUGGCAGAGGAAGUGAUUGGGAGGGCUACUGGGUUGGAGACAAAUGAAUCUGGGGUUUAUGUGCUCUUGUCGAAUACGCAUGCCUCAGCAGGGAAAUGGCCAGAGGCUCAAAGCGCAAGAGAGAAAAUGGAUGAGAAGAAAAUUUGGAAGAAAACAGGGUGCAGUCAUCUUUAUGCUUCUAAUGUAACCUUGGAACCCGGGAGCAGAAGCUAUUUAGAUUACAAUGGAGAGGAGAAAAUAUGA